AUUGACGUCGUAACCGCGACCCAUUCCCCAGCCUAAGGAGUAAGGACCAACGAAGCUUCUUGCUGUGGGCGGUGGUUGCCGGGUGGUGUGGCAGUUGCUUCUCCCUCCCUCCGACGCUACCGCUUCAUAUCUUGCACCGAAAAGGAAUUGACUUUCCUCCGCUCGAUUCUUCUCCCCAUCUGGGUUUGUUCCUGCUUCCAUCUUCUGCAACAUGAGUUUCCAGGACGACGUCGAAUCCCAACGCGGAGGACGCAGCAGCCCGCAAUUCGACUCCUCUCCUUCCUCUCCGUCUGCUGCGACCACUCAGGCCAUCGCCUCCGGGAUAUUCCAGAUCAACACGGCCGUCGCUUCCUUCUACCGCCUCUCCAACUCCCUCGGCACUACCAAGGACACUCUCCUCUUGCGGGACAAGCUGCACAAAACGAGGUUGCGUAUUAGCCAGCUGGUGAAGGAUACUUCGGCUAAACUCAGGGAAGCCAGCCAAGCUGAUCACCAUGCCGAAAUCAGCCCUGCAAAGAAGAUAGCUGAUGCAAAGCUUGCAAAAGAUUUCCAAUCAGUCUUGAAGGAAUUCCAGAAAGCACAAAGACUCGCAGCCGAGAGGGAAUCGACAUAUGCUCCUUUUGUUCCUAGAGAACUCGCUCCAUCCAGUUACACUGCUCAAGAGGUGGAGAUAAGCUCAUCCAGGGGUUCUGAACAGCAAUCUCUUCUUCUAGAGCCAAAAAGGCAAGAUGUUAUACAGUUGAACAAUGAGAUUGUAUUCAACGAAGCCAUUAUUGAAGAAAGGGAGCAAGGGAUCCAAGAAAUUCAACAGCAAAUUAAUGAGGUCCAUGAAAUUUUUGAGGAUCUUGCCGUGCUAGUCCGUGAACAAGGGGUGGUCAUUGAUGACAUCAGUUCCAAUAUAGAGAGCUCCCAUGCUACGACAACGCAAGGCACUUCUCAACUUGUCCAGGCAUCUAAACUUCAAAAAUCAACUUCGUCUUUGGGUUGUCUACUCCUGGUGAUUAUGGGAAUCAUUCUACUGAUUGUUGUUAUAGUAGUCGUGGCAUGAAUUUCUAAGUUACCCAGUCAUCAUUUUCACCGUAUGAGGGCAUUGCCUGUUGCAGGCGACAGUAUACAGUGUAUGUAAUGCUUGUUAAUGUACAGCAUGAUAAAAAGUGGGGUGAAUGUAUCUAUCGGAGACUGGAAAUGGGCAUAAAGAGGGAGUACAGACUGGCAUCCCUUCAAAUUUGGCGUAUGCCUAACCUUGUGGAAAGGGCGCGCCGUGGUUUUCAUGAUUUAAGGGCAUUUUAAUCUGCUGCAGAAUUGAGUCCAGUAGCGCAUGCACAUGCUUGACCUCAAAGCUACGCCAUGCUCUAAAGGGAGCAGGGAGCAUAUGAGUUAGGAGCAUCUCUCUCUCUGUUUUGAUUUUAUAAUACGCUGUAUCACCAUUCAAAUAGAUUAUACAGGAGGCUAUCGUUUGGCAAUA